UACUCGCUUUGACCCCGCCCACUGUGCUGGCCCCGCCCGCCCCGCGCUGCCGCCCAGCAUGGCGCGCGGCCGCCGGGCCCCGCGGCGCAGCGGCGGGGGGUGCUGACCCGGCCCCGCGGGCCCCUUGCGCCGCGGGACCCCCACGUGCCCUGUGCUAUGAGUGUUUGGCGUGGCUUCCCCGCAAGCAGUUGCAAAUGAAAAUGGAGGAAAUGUCUUUGUCUGGCCUGGAUAACAGCAAACUGGAGGCCAUCGCGCACGAGAUCUACACGGACCUGGUGGAUGAUGCCUGCCUGGGCCUCUGUUUCGAGGUUCACCGGGCAGUGAAGUGUGGGUACUUCUUCCUGGAUGACACGGACCCAGACAGCAUGAAGGACUUUGAGAUCGUGGACCAGCCCGGCGUGGACAUCUUUGGGCAGGUCUACAACCAGUGGAAGAACAAGGAGUGCGUGUGUCCCAACUGCAGCCGCAGUAUCGCUGCCUCCCGCUUUGCCCCCCACCUGGAAAAGUGCCUGGGCAUGGGCCGUAACAGCAGCCGCAUCGCCAACCGGAGGAUCGCAAGCAGCAACAACAUGAACAAGUCUGAGAGUGACCAGGAGGACAAUGAUGACAUCAAUGACAACGACUGGUCCUAUGGCUCUGAGAAGAAAGCAAAGAAGAGGAAGUCGGAUAAGAACCCCAACUCACCCCGCAGGUCCAAGUCCCUCAAACACAAAAAUGGCGAGAUCGGCGGGAACCCAGACCCCUUCAAGUACAGCAACUCUACGGGCAUCAACUAUGAGACGCUGGGCCCUGAGGAGCUGCGGACACUGCUCACCACGCAAUGCGGGGUCAUCUCCGAGCACACCAAGAAGAUGUGCACCAGGUCUCUGCGGUGUCCCCAGCACACAGAUGAGCAGCGGAGAUCAGUCCGGGUUUACCUCCUUGGCCCCUCCGCGUCCCUGCCUGAGGCGGAGGGCAGCGUGGAGAACGACAGCUUCGAGGUGGCAGAGAGCCAGGCCAUCAUGAGCCGGCUGCAGUGGGAUGGCUCCUCCGACAUCUCACCCUCCGACUCAGCUUCCUCGAAAGCCAGUACAAACAACUCUGAGUCCCGCAAGACCAAGAAGAAGAAGCCCCACCUGGGGCUGGUGAGUGGUGCCCCAGGGCUUGGCUCCAGCAAGAAGAAGAAGCCCAAACCGCCUGCGCCCCACACCCCCAGCAUCUACGACGACAUCAACUGAGCCCAGUGGAGCCAAAGGGUCAGGAGACAGUUGGACAGACGGACAAAGGCUGGGGCAGCCCCUCCUGCCCUAUCAGGGGCACAAAGCGGGUACUUGGGUCACAGGGGAUGGAGGACUUGGCCAUUGCCACGGGGGGGGGGGGGGGCGGUGUCUGGAUUUGGGAGCUUCCCUUCCUCCCCCUACCCCACGCCAGUGCCUCUGUUUAUUCUGUGACAGAUUCUGUGCGUGGGGCUCCUCUGAGGGCUCAGAGAGGGCACAACCCCCUCCCUUUCCCACCGGAAACCCGGCUGUGCCCCCCCCCCUCAACCCCCGGGCAGGUCCAUGCUGGGAUUCGGGGGGUACAGAUCCCCCCUGCCCCCUCAGCCGGGGGCUGCUCCCCCUUCCAUGCCCCGGGCUGGCGCUCGCUGGUCGGGCUGGCUCAGGACGGGGAGAGCAUAUCGGUGGGGGGGCUUAUUCCUGCUGGGAGGAGACAAGUGGGGACCCAACACAUCCCAGAUCUGCCAUGAGCCUGGAUUCGGCUGCUGGGGGGUUGUUUGGGCCCGGCUGUGCCUCUGUAGGGCUUGCCCAGGCUCCGCCGGUCCGGGAGGGGGGGUCUGCAUGCUGCAUCCUUGUGU